CUGGACAAGUCAUGCCUGGAACAACUCUCCCCCCAUUUCCCGAGGAUGUUCCUACCCAUCCCCUCUUGAUCAUCGACUACCACCUUAUCUCUCAAGGCGACAAGCAAGAGAUUGAUAAGCUCUGGGAGGCAGCCACUUCCCUCGGCUUCUGGUACCUCAAGAACCAUGGAGCAGACGAACAGGUCGAGGGCAUGUUCGACAUGGGUGUCGAGACCAUGGACCUCCCGUUCGAAGAAAAGAUGAAAUUCGAGCAGGGAGACGGCGGUCGAUCUUGCGGAUACAAGCGUGCCGGUGCCAACGCCGUCGAUGAGACCGGCGUCAACCUCGACACGGUGGAAUUCAUGAACAUAUCCAAGGAUGAUGCACUGGCUUACCCAAAGAUCGCCCGCCGCGAAUACCCGGACACCGUUAGCAAGAGUAUGGAGUCGACAGUCGCACCGUUCGUGCGCAAGUCACUCGACGUUGUCUAUACGCUCCUCAACGUCUUCAAUGACAAACUGGGUCUGCCUAAGGGUACGCUCGCGCGCUUGCACGAUUUACAGGAGUACAGCGGGAGUGAAGCGCGAGUGAUCAAGAAUCCGCCGAUGCCUGACAUGCCUCCGGAGAAGAUUGCGCUCCAGGCGCACACCGACUUUGGGUCCUUGUCGUUCUUGCACAACAAGCUGGGUGGUCUACAAGUGCUGCCGCCCGGGCACGCACAUUGGUCGUACAUUCGACCGAUCCCGGGACAUGCUAUUUGCAACGUCGGUGACGCGUUGUACGUUUUCAGUGGAGGAGUGUUGCAAUCCAACAUUCACCGUGUCGUGCCACCGCCUGGUGCUCAAGGUGCUUACGAGAGAUGGUCGCUCGUGUUCUUCCUUCGUCCGGGUGACUCGCAGGCGCUGAGAGCGCUCGUGGAGGAUAGCCAAGCGAUUGCAGACGGGGUAGCAAAACGACCUGGGAAGACAUUCGAGACGGGGUCAACGGCGGCAGAGUGGUUCGCGAGACGAAUCAAGAAUCAGAGGAUCAAAAACUGGAAGGGCCCGGAGACGUGGAAGGCGAGUCGGGGUACGGAACACAACGAGCAGGUGGUCUGAUAUGACGUAGUUAUGUAUUGUAUAUAUCAUGUAGCAGUUGGAAUACGACGACGUCAUAAAG